GUCACCCCGGGAGCCGGGCCACGGGGGCAGUCUUCCCCGCCCCGGCCUCCGGGGAGCCGGGGAAGGACUGGGAUAGCUGGACGAGGACUGUGACAGCCUCGUGGCCCCCGGAGCCCCCGGGCGGGCUGGGAGGAGAGUGGCGAUGGGUGACUCAACAGUUCCUAAGCCAUCACUCGCGAGAGGCGCGGGAGAGGCAGGAGCCACGCUGACCUUCCGAGCGCUCCGGCGCGCGCUGCGGCGCCUGCCCCUGCCCGCUCACGUGCGAGCGGACCCCCUGCGCACCUGGCGCUGGCACAACCUGCUUGUCUCCUUCGCCCACUCCAUUGUAUCGGGGAUCUGGGCGCUGCUGUGUGUGUGGCAGACCCCCGAGAUGCUGGUGGAAAUCGAGACGGCGUGGUCGCUUUCUGGCUAUUUGCUCGUUUGCUUCUCUGCAGGGUAUUUCAUCCACGACACAGUGGACAUCGUGGUCAGUGGUCAGACGCGAGCUUCUUGGGAAUACCUCGUCCAUCAUGUCAUGGCCAUGGGCGCCUUCUUCGCAGGCAUUUUUUGGAGCAGCUUUGUCGGUGGGGGUGUCCUGACGCUCCUGGUGGAGGUCAGCAACAUUUUCCUCACCAUCCGCAUGAUGAUGAAGAUCAACAACGCCCAGGACCACCCCCUCUACCGGGUCAAUAAGUACGUCAACUUGGUCAUGUACUUCCUCUUCCGCCUGGCCCCUCAGGCCUACCUCACCAAGUUCUUCCUGCGCUACCUGGGCCAGAGGACCCUGGGCGGCUUCCUGCUGGUCACCCUGCUCCUGCUCGAUGUGAUGAUCCUCACUUACUUCUCGCGCCUCCUGCGCUCGGACUUCUGCCCUGAGCGUGCCCCCAAGCGGCAGCACAAAGACAAGUUCUUGACAGAGUGAGACCGAGCCUGCCACUUGUGGCAAGGGCAGCAGAUACAGCCAAGAACAGAAACCGCCUCACGGCAGUGGGACUCAGCCCCAGGCCUGGGUGUCCUGGGGCCAGCCUCUACCUUGAACCUGCACCCACUAUUGAAAACACUAAUGAAAGCACUCCUCUGAAGUUCUUUCUUUUCUUGGGCAAGGGGUGAGGGAAGCUGACCGACCGGUCGGACUUGGUUGUCAGGUGUGUGAAGACCAAGCUACCCAAAAGUCAGCCAGCCAACCCACAACGGAUGCUAAUGGAAACUCUGCAAUUGGCCCUCUGCUUUCUGUUAUAGCUUCACACACAGCCUCUUCCAGGAAUAAAGGGGGCUCUUAAAAAAGCUUAUUCCUAUGAUGAAAACAAGUCCUAGUUGUCCUAGGACAACUAACCCUUAAUCUGAAUAACAAAUGUGGUGGUGUGCCAGGGCUGAGUGUUCCAACAGGGUAAGCUGAUCAAGAGUCUUGCCUGGGCCACCAGGUAACUCAGUGUGUAUCAUAUCCCAGAACAGCCUCCACCCAGCCCAACCAGAAAUGUGACACAAAGACAACAAGCCUAUGUAUGGUGGAAAAACAUAUAUUUAGAAUUAGCCAGCUGGACUCAGUUCAGAUGAUCCCAAUCUGAAAAACAAAAGGGGACUUGGUUAUUGGAGCUGCAAUGUGAACAUUAAGCUGGAAUGUCAUUGUUAAAAUGCAAAAUGACAGACUGGUCAGCUAAGGAUGGGCUCCAGCCAAUGACUCAGCCGUCAGGCUCUGGUCACGGACACAUCCUUCGCAGGGGAGGAGAUACGCGUUACAGAAUUCGGCGGAAAGGAAGCUUACUUUGUUGGCAACGUCCAGAGCAUCAUAGUCAGGAGCCAGCCGCACAUAGGCCUUCUUCUCUCCGUCAGGUCUGGGGCAGAGAAGGGAGCCUUAGUCCUUGCUGCUCACAGCCUCCUGCCCCUCCAGCCCUGACCUGGCGCAUCAGUGGUUCCUUUGUAGGUGUCAUUCUUUUCCAAAUAGUGCAUUUUCCAUCAUUUGCGCAGACAGGGCUAGGGAAGCCAUCACAAUGCCAAUUCCCUUUUAUGGGAAAGGCCACAGGCCAUUCUAAGACGUAAAUAACUCAGGUACUCUGACAAACUGCUUUACUCCAGUGCCUGCCUCUGCUCAGAGGUAGGAAUCCAGGCGAGCACCAAGCCCAUAAACCCAGUCCUGUAAGUGCCCUCAGGUCUCAUCUCAGCAAGGACUAAUUACAGCAGGGGCGCUCACUUCUCAAGGCUCGCACACUGGGAAACCCACUUGUGAGCCCCAGAACAGCAUCGAGGAGCUUUAUGCCACCCAAGCUUUCUCGUUCCUGACCACGGCCCCAGCCUUUCCAUGCCAUGGGGCAUUCCAGGCACCUGUUUACCUGAUCA